GUACAAACUAGCUGUUUUCAUGCUAAAGUGUUUUCUACUUCAAGAUGUUGGCUGUUCAUCUUGUUUCCUUCUUCUUCUCCAAACUCCAGGAAGAUCCCACAAAGAAGGUGGACAGGUUCCUGCAUGCAAUGCGUCUCCAUGAGGACCAGUUAAGCGACAUCUCGGCACGUUUUCAGGCUGAAAUGAAGAAGGGGCUAUCGGCAGAAAGCCAUGCAGCUGCAGCCGUGAAGAUGCUGCCAACACUUGUCCGCUCCACUCCUGAUGGAUCAGAGAAAGGGCAGUUUCUUGCGGUGGAUCUUGGGGGCUCCAAAUUUAAGGUGCUCCAAGUUAAAGUAAGAGAGGGUGUGGGGAUCAGGAAGGGGGAAGUGGAGAUGGAGGAGAGGAUCUACCCAAUGCCAAAGGAGCUGCAAGUUGGGAAAGGAGCAGAAUUAUUUGACCAUGUGUCGGAGUCUGUAAAGGAUUUCCUGCAAGAAAAGAACAUCGGUUUGGAGAAGAGACAUCCUCUCGCUUUCACUUUCUCUUUCCCCUGUGAACACCUCAGCUUGGAUCAGGGAUUGUUGUUAAAUUGGUGUAAGACCUACAGGGCUCGAGGCCUUCAGGGUAAAGAUGUGGUCCAGGUCCUCAGAGAUGCAAUCAACAAAACUGGGGGUAUGGACAUCGAGGUGCUAGCUAUGGUUAAUGACACUGUGGCAACAAUGAUGACCUGUGGUUUUGAUGAUCAGUUCUGUGAAGUAGGCCUGAUCAUUGGUACUGGCACAAAUGCAUGCUACAUGGAGGAGAUGUGUCAUGUUGACCUGGUGGAGGGAGAUGAAGGCAGGAUGUGUGUGAACACUGAAUGGGGAGCUUUUGGAGAUGAUGGGGCCCUGGAUGAUUUCAUAACAGAGUUUGACAGGGAUGUCGAUGCAGCCUCCACCAACCCUGGCAAACAAAUAUUUGAGAAGAUGGUGAGUGGGUUGUAUCUCGGGGAGCUGGUGAGGCUGGUUGUGGUAAAGAUGGCUAAACGUGGACUGCUGUUUGAUGGACAUGUGUCUGAUGCCCUACGGACCAAAGGGAAGAUAACCACUGCACACGUGGCAGCAAUGGAGGAGUACAGAAAUGGUCUGAAAAACACCAUGGACAUUCUAACGCAGCUUGAUUUGAACCCAUCACCUAACGACUGCAUUGCUGUUCAACAAGUCAGCACAAUAGUGUCCUUUAGGUCAUCAAAUCUGGUGGCUGCAGGGCUGGCCGCCAUCUUAACAAGAAUCAAGCAAAACCGGAAUUUGAGGGGAUUAAGAAUCACUGUAGGCAUGGAUGGAACUCUGUACAAGACACAUCCACAGUAUCCUAAGCGUCUCCAUAAAGUGGUGCGACGGUUGCUUCCUGAGUGCCAUGUUAGAUUCGUCCUCUCAGACAGUGGCAGCAGCAAAGGAGCUGCCUUGGUAGCAGCAGUUGCCCAGCGUCUGGCAUCACAGAGGCGAAAGGUAGAUGAGACGCUGUCUCAAUUCAGACUGAGUCCAGACCAGCUCCAGCUGGUCAAGGCCAGGAUGAGGGCUGGGCUGGAGGCAGGGUUGAGGCAUGAAGGCCCCUCAACAAUCAAGAUGCUUCCUUCAUAUGUAUACCACACACCUAAUGGCAGAGAGAAAGGAAAAUACCUUGCGUUGGAUCUGGGGGGAACAAACUUCAGAGCUUUGCUUGUGAGAUUUAAAAGACACACUGCUCGACUUUACCAUAAACUUUACACCAUUCCACUGGAGAUUAUGCAGGGCAGUGGAGAGGAGUUGUUUGACCACAUAGCACAGUGUGUUUGUGACUUCUUGGACUACAUGGGGAUGAAGAAUGCUCAUCUCCCUGCAGGUUUCACCUUCUCGUUUCCCUGCGAGCAGACUGCCAUUGACACGGGCACCUUGGUGAGCUGGACAAAAGGCUUCAAGGCCACAGACUGUGAAGGACAUGAUGUUGUAAACAUGCUGCGAGAGGCCAUCAAGAGACGCAAUGAUUUUGACCUGGACAUAGUAGCAUUGGUAAAUGAUACAGUUGGAACCAUGAUGAGUUGUGCCUAUGAAGACCCUCAGUGUGAAAUUGGAAUGAUUGCUGGAACAGGCACAAAUCUCUGCUAUAUGGAGGACCUGAAGAACAUUGAGAAGAUUGAGCGAAGGAGAGGAACAACAGAAAAAGACAAGGGCACACUGAAAGAAGAGGAGAAAAUGAAUGGUGGAGCCCAAACUGGGAAAACAGAGGGGGAUGCUAAGACAUUAAAGAUGUGUAUAAACACAGAGUGGGGGGGUCUUGGUGAUGAUGGCUCUCUGGACGAUAUCAUCACACCUUAUGACAGUGAGGUGGACCAGGACUCAGUGAACCCUGGGAAACAAAGGUUUGAAAAGCUGACCAGUGGGAUGUAUUUGGGUGAAAUUGUACGUCAGGUAUUGUUGGAUCUAACCAGAAGAGGGCUGCUGUUCAGAGGACAUGUCACAGAAACUUUAAAAACACCUGGGAUAUUUGAAACUAAAUAUCUGUCACAAAUAGAGAGUGACAAUUUAGCUCUACUGCAGGUCAGAUGUAUUCUGCAGAAGCUGGGGCUCGACAGUAACUGUGACGACAGCAUCAUUGUCAAAGAGGUAUGUGGAGCAGUGUCACGCCGUGCAGCUCAGCUGUGUGGGGCAGGAUUGGCAGCAGUGGUUGAUAAGAUCAGAGAGAACCGAACACUGGACCAUCUGAACAUCACUGUAGGGGUAGAUGGGACUCUCUACAGACUUCAUCCACAUUUCUCUCAGGUCCUCCAAGAGACCGUCAGAGUCAUGGCUCCUGAGUGCGAGGUGAUCUUCCAGCCAUCAGAGGAGGGCAGCGGGAAAGGUGCCGCCCUCAUUGCAGCAGUGGUCCGACAGAAGAAGAUGUGAAGUUACACG